CCAACAAGGAUUUCGCGGGUUUCCCGGACGGCGCGCGGUCGUUCGCUCCUAGGCUCCAGGAUGAUCGGCCAGAAGACGCUCUACGCCUUCUUCUCCCCGAGCCCCGCCGGGAAGCGAUGUACCCGGAGCCCCGAGCCGGCCGACGCGGGGACUGGCGUGGGGGCGGUGGCGGCGAUACCUGAGAAGAACGGGGAUGUGGUGGCCAGUCCCGCCAAGAAGGCCCGGACCGGGCAGGACGAGCCGAGCACGCCGCCCUCUUCGCCGCUGAGCCCCGAGCAGCUGAUCCGGAUUCAGAAGAACAAGGCCAUCGCCCUGCUCAGACUCGCAGCCCGCAACGUGCCCGUGGGCUUUGGGGAGAGCUGGAAGCAGCAGCUCAGCCAGGAGUUCGGGAAACCGUAUUUUAUAAAGCUAAUGGGGUUUGUGGCAGAAGAAAGAAAGCAUCACACCGUUUACCCACCCCCACACCAGGUCUUCACAUGGACCCAGAUGUGUGACAUAAGAGAUGUGAAAGUUGUCAUCCUGGGACAGGACCCAUAUCACGGACCUAAUCAAGCUCAUGGGCUCUGCUUUAGUGUUCAAAGACCUGUGCCGCCUCCACCCAGUUUGGAAAACAUUUAUAAAGAACUGUCUACAGACAUAGAUGGUUUUGUUCAUCCGGGUCAUGGAGAUCUGUCUGGGUGGGCCAAACAAGGUGUUCUCCUGCUCAAUGCUGUCCUCACUGUUCGAGCACAUCAAGCUAACUCUCACAAGGAAAGAGGCUGGGAGCAAUUUACCGAUGCAGUUGUGUCCUGGCUAAAUCAGAACUCACAUGGCCUUGUCUUCUUACUCUGGGGCUCUUAUGCUCAGAAGAAGGGCAGUGCCAUCGAUAGGAAGCGGCACCACGUGUUGCAGACUGCCCAUCCCUCCCCGUUGUCCGUGUAUCGAGGCUUCUUUGGAUGUGGGCAUUUUUCUAAAACCAAUGAGCUGCUGCGGAAGUCUGGCAAGAAGCCCAUCGACUGGAAGGACCUGUGACCUGAGCAGAGGGGGUGGCCUCUGCUAGUGGUUUUUGCGAAGCUGCUGUUGAAGAAUUAGCCAGCUGUGAAGUCCAGUUGAAAAAGAAUUGCUUUACUAAUUCUUCAGUGCCCUGCCUAAGGGGAGCUGCUUCCCUAAGGCAGCAGCGAGCCAGGUUGCCCACAAACAGCAGUUUUCACCUCCACUCGCCCCCCUUACCUUGUUGGUUAAAGGGAGGAAACAUGCACCUUUUGGGUACAGCCAGUAGUUUGAUGCUGCUGCUACUUAUUUUUACCAGCUAGGUUAGACUUUAGGUUAGAUGGUGGUGGGUAUUUUUAUUUAGGAAGGCCCCCUGCACCCAGCGAGGCAUCCCAAUCUCUGCCAGAGACACCAGCUCCAUUGAUAUUGCAGGAAACGGAAUCUAUCUGGCCCUCAACUGGUCCAGUAAUUAGGGACCAAUUUUCUGAUGAUAACGGGGGGAAAUUCCUAAGGAAAGAUAGUAGGCAGGAGCUUAACAAAUGGGCAGAGGCUCCGAGAAGUGAGCUGGGGGUCUUAUUAUUCUUUGAGUGUUUUCUUGGAAUCAAGGGUGCAAGUUGGACCAGGAAGAGAAAAGUUUUUUAGGGGGGAAAUGCUUCUCUUCUGAGUUCAUUUCGAGUUUUUUUUUUUUUAAGGCAGCAGACUGUCAGAUGCUAUUUUUUACGGACUGAAAAAAGCUUGGGGUGUUUUUUUCUGCAACCCUCAGGAAUUUUACCUUUUUUCAAAAAAUACGUGUGCCGGUGUGUAUAUAUUUUUUUAAUCCUUUGUUUAAGAGACCAACUUUUAGUCCUGCACCCCCGACCUUGAUCUUGUUAGAGAUGCCAUUUUGCUAUUAACGGGGUUAAAGCCUUAACUCCGUGUGAGUUUGGUAAUAAAAAGAUUGUUGC